AGGCGGCGCCCCCGGCGGCGCAGACCCUGGCGGCCAGCGGCCCGGCCAGCACGGCUGCCAGCAUGGUCAUCGGGCCAACUAUGCAAGGGGCGCUGCCCAGCCCCGCCGCCGUCCCACCGCCCGCUCCCGGGACCCCCACCGGGCUGCCCAAAGGCGCGGCCGGCGCAGUGACCCAGAGCCUGCCCCGGACGCCCACGGCCACCACCAGCGGGAUCCGGGCCACCCUGACGCCCACCGUGCUGGCCCCCCGCCUGCCGCAGCCGCCUCAGAACCCGACCAACAUCCAGAACUUCCAGCUGCCUCCAGGAAUGGUCCUCGUCCGAAGUGAGAAUGGGCAGUUGUUAAUGAUUCCUCAGCAGGCCUUGGCCCAGAUGCAGGCGCAGGCCCAUGCCCAGCCUCAGACCACCAUGGCGCCCCGCCCUGCCACCCCCACAAGUGCCCCUCCCGUCCAGAUCUCCACCGUACAGGCACCUGGAACACCUAUCAUUGCACGGCAGGUGACCCCAACUACCAUAAUUAAGCAAGUGUCUCAGGCCCAGACAACGGUGCAGCCCAGUGCAACCCUGCAGCGCUCGCCCGGCGUCCAGCCUCAACUCGUUCUGGGUGGCGCUGCCCAGACGGCUUCACUUGGGACGGCGACGGCUGUUCAGACGGGGACUCCUCAGCGCACGGUUCCAGGGGCAACUACCACUUCCUCAGCUGCCACGGAAACUAUGGAAAACGUGAAGAAAUGUAAAAAUUUCCUAUCUACGUUAAUAAAACUGGCUUCAUCUGGCAAGCAGUCUACAGAGACAGCAGCUAAUGUGAAAGAGCUCGUGCAGAAUUUACUGGAUGGAAAAAUUGAAGCAGAAGAUUUCACAAGCAGGUUAUACCGAGAACUUAAUUCUUCACCUCAACCUUACCUUGUGCCUUUCCUGAAGAGGAGCUUACCCGCCUUGAGACAGCUGACUCCCGACUCCGCGGCCUUCAUCCAGCAGAGCCAGCAGCAGCCGCCACCGCCCGCCUCGCAGGCCACCACUGCGCUCACGGCUGUGGUGCUGAGUAGCUCAGUCCAGCGCACAGCCGGGAAGACGGCGGCCACCGUGACCAGUGCCCUCCAGCCCCCUGUGCUCAGCCUCACGCAGCCCACGCAGGUCGGCGUCGGCAAGCAGGGGCAACCCACACCGCUGGUGAUCCAGCAGCCUCCGAAGCCAGGAGCCCUGAUCCGGCCUCCGCAGGUGACGUUGACGCAAACACCCAUGGUCGCCCUGCGGCAGCCUCACAACCGGAUCAUGCUCACCACGCCUCAGCAGAUCCAGCUGAACCCGCUGCAGCCAGUCCCUGUGGUGAAACCCGCUGUGUUACCUGGAACCAAAGCCCUUUCCGCUGUCUCGGCACAAGCAGCUGCUGCACAGAAAAAUAAACUCAAGGAGCCUGGGGGAGGUUCGUUUCGGGACGAUGAUGACAUUAAUGAUGUUGCAUCAAUGGCUGGAGUAAACCUGUCAGAAGAAAGUGCAAGAAUAUUAGCCACCAACUCUGAAUUGGUGGGUACGCUAACGCGGUCCUGUAAAGACGAAACCUUCCUCCUCCAAGCGCCUUUGCAGAGAAGAAUAUUAGAAAUAGGUAAAAAACAUGGUAUAACGGAAUUACAUCCAGAUGUAGUAAGUUAUGUAUCACAUGCCACGCAACAAAGGCUACAGAAUCUUGUAGAGAAAAUAUCAGAAACGGCUCAGCAGAAGAACUUUUCUUACAAGGAUGACGACAGAUACGAGCAGGCGAGUGAUGUUCGGGCACAGCUCAAGUUUUUUGAACAGCUCGAUCAAAUUGAAAAACAGAGGAAGGACGAACAGGAGCGGGAGAUCCUGAUGAGGGCAGCAAAGUCUCGGUCAAGACAAGAAGAUCCAGAACAGUUAAGGCUGAAACAGAAGGCAAAGGAGAUGCAGCAACAGGAACUGGCACAAAUGAGACAGCGGGACGCCAACCUCACAGCACUAGCAGCUAUCGGGCCCAGGAAAAAGAGGAAAGUGGACUGUCCAGGACCGGGCUCGGGAGCAGAGGGGUCGGGCCCCGGCUCGGUGGUCCCAGGCAGCUCGGGGGUCGGAGCCCCCAGACAGUUCACGCGGCAAAGAAUCACGCGGGUCAACCUCAGGGACCUCAUAUUUUGUUUAGAAAAUGAACGUGAGACAAGCCAUUCACUGCUGCUCUACAAAGCAUUCCUUAAGUGACACAGGAGGACGCCUGGGGACUUUUUAUAUAUUUGCAGAUUACGCCUUUUUGUAACAAGCAAAUGGGAUAUUGUUUAAAAAACAGCCACCUCUUUACGAUGGAACAGUUUUAUAUUCCUGUUUCUAAAUCAACUCUUCAGUGUGAAAGAAAAUACGUUUCUGUAACAGAGAGAACACAAAGGCCUGUGGAUACUCUUAAAGGACAAUUAAAUCUUAACUCAUCUUGAUUGAGUGGCCUUCUUGCCAAACAAGCCAUAUAUAAAGACUGAUGGAAUCGUUAGCAAAUAAUUAGCUGC